AUGACCCAAUACAAACCUCUCCAGAAACGUUCCCCCGGCCGUCACCGCUGGUCUUCGACUUGGUGGUGGCAGGAAAUCAUUAGUAUCAUCGCCAGUUUUGGCUGUAUGAUCGCAGUUGUUGUAAUUUUGAGGACGAUGCAAGACAAGCAGAUGGAUCAUUGGACUUUCUUUGUAGGUAUAUCAUCCUUCCUUCUCUGGGACGUCUUCGCUGAGCCUAGAAAUAUCGGUAUAGCAGCAUGUAUCGGUCAAUGGAAGUGGGUCUACAUUAGUUCCAAGAGAAGGAGGCUUUUGGAUAUCGACAUUAUCGAAGACGCCUCCCGAGGGCCCCUGGGUUCCCUGCAAAUGAUUGCCACAAUCCCUUGGGGCUGGGCGACACUUGGAGCUAUUAUCACAGUCUUGGGCCUGGGCAUCGAUACCUUCGCACAACAAGUCAUCAGUACCGAGGCGGUGACCGAUUGGGUCAACGAUGGCACAGCCAGUUUCAAAUUUGCCCAUGACUACUUCACCGGUGUCAAGGUAAGCGUCGGCGGUGGUUAUUGGAUACCUGAUCGCAACAUACGCCACCCAACAUUGCAAUGGGACCUUGCCUACGAACUGCACAACGACCACCCCUGGCAACUAUUUGUCAUCACGUGCGCCAGCCACCUUCCCAAUACUUUUACGUUUGGCAGCACGGAGAAAAUCCACCUAGAAGAGGGCUACGUCAUCUCUGAUGCCCAUAAAAGCGAUAACAGUAACCACAUAUUGUUCAACACCACAGGCCUCCCGGAAUUCCGAGUGUCGAUCCUAGAUCUGGCUGCUUUACUCGAUUGUUUUCCAUCCGACUCCUUCAGCGGCACGCUCGUGGACGGUGAGGAAAUGCCGGUAUUCGCCCAAGGUAUUACAGCCGCUAUCCGCAGCCCAGAAAAAAACAUAUCCUCUUUACUGGACUCGAUGGCGCUCAGUAUGACCGACCAGCUGCGCACGAGUGUCAACGCGACAAUAGCACCCGGCCUUACCGCGAAGUCCGUAUUGCUCGUCCGAAUCCAGUGGGCCUGGCUUGUCCUUCCUUUCUUCGUGGUCCUUGCAUCCGCAGCCUUCCUGAUUGCGGAAAUGGCCGAGAGCAGGCGAACCCGGGACGUCAUGUUGUGGAAAUCUACGGCUACGUCAAUGCUCUUCCACUCUGUAAAGCCGGCUGAGGGGGUUAUGCGGAUGGAUGUUCAAAGUCCCAAGCAGCUUCAGGGAAUGGUCAAGAAUACCAGUGUGAAGCUAGAUCCUCCUUCACAUUAA